AUGGAAUCGUGUUCUGCGCCUGAAGCAUUGUCCAAAUCAGGCUUUGACUUUCUGGACGCGACUUCUGGUGCUUCUGAUUCUAAAGGGCGUGCCUCGGUGCACUCGAAGCCGUAUGACCGUGAAUUGUUUGCCUCCCCAAUCAAUAUUAUAGCAAGCGACCACACGCAUUCCGGUCAUAAUCGCGCCAAUUCACAAGUAAUAGCAUCUCCAAGGGCAAUAACUGCUUCGCCAAGGAAAUCUACAACCGGAUAUUCCAUGUCUUCUCCCAGGUUCUCUGCACCCACUUCACCUGGCCCAAUAGCCGCUUCUCCACACACUGGACUUUCACCUCCUCAACUCCCCCGCAACGAAAACAUUUUCCUCACUCCGCUUCAAGGAUCACAGUUUGUAGACUGCCCUGUCCCUAAUGAGGGUAAUUUUGGAGGCCCUAUCUCGAACGGUCACGCGAACCGUGGUUCGGCCCCAGGAGCCCCGCAGUUUCGAGCUUCUCCCGUUGGAUCUCCGAGUCAGCCGCCAAUGCGCAGUCCAGAUAGGAAAGAAAGCCGUUCGAAUUGGUAUACACCCACAACUCCCCGUUCUGGUCCUAAAGGUGGUGCAAAUAAUUCGAAUAGCCUUCCUCUGGCUCCUCCUAACUUCGACGCCGAGCGCCUUUCAAACGCUGCCAGUCCCAUUGGGGGACAGCAGCCAGCUGGUCAUAAGAAAAACUGUGCAAAGUGUGGCGGUCCUAUUUCUGGCCAAUUUGUCCGCGCUCUGGGGACCGCCUUCCACCUUGACUGCUUUACUUGCGGUGAUUGUGGUGAACAUUGCGCAGCAAAAUUCUUCCCACUGGAUAUUGAACCUAUAUCGGUUGAUAAGCCGCUGCAAAUUCCGCUGUGUGAACGGUGCUAUUUUAAGCGGCUUGAUUUACUCUGUUAUCGCUGUGGAGAUGCUUUACGCGGGUCGUACAUCACAGCUUUAGAUCGCAAGUACCACGUUGAACAUUUCACGUGCUCUCUCUGUUCAACGAUAUUUGGACCCGAAGAUAGUUAUUACGAACACGACAAUGACGUCUACUGUCACUACCACUAUUCCACAUUGCACGCUGCGCGUUGCGAGGGCUGCCGGGCGGCCAUUCUGAAGCAGUUUGUUGAAACUUAUCGAGGCGGCCGUGAGCAGCAAUGGCACCCUGAAUGCUAUAUGAUUUUCAAGUUUUGGAAUGUCAAACUUGCUGGAACAGGGAUCAUGCAGGGAUGUGACGAGAAAAUGAGUGGCAAGUCGGGCGACGUUCCCUCGAAUACUCGGUUAGAGAUCGCAAGCCGUGAACGUGAUAUCGAUAAACUUGUCACGCUCAUUUGGAGCACUCUCUGUGGAUAUGAAGAGCUUUCUGCUGGUCAUGUAUCCAACAUGGUUCAGUUCGCCGUGCAAAAGUCCUGCCGAAGCGCUUUAGAAGCCACAAAACAGCUGGUGGAACGUGUACAGAUUCUUUUUGAUGCCCUCGACACUCUUCCCCCUGAACCUCGCGAGGAUAAACGUUUGUCCAAAGAACCUAAGACACUGUGUCGUAAAAUUGUUUCCUACAUGUCUACGUUGUCGAAAAUACGCCAAGAGCGCUCAGAUGCUAUGUCUGACGAUCUUCUGAAUGUGGCUACAUCUAUAGCGCACUAUCUCAAGGUGCUGAUUAGGUUUGGCCUGGCUGCCUCCUUAGCCCACAACCGUGAGGAUACUUCCCGGCCGGUUCUUGAAAUGUUUCUAUCGGCUAUGGCGGUUAAACAGCCCAAGGUUAAGUAUCCUGUUACAGCAUUGACAUCGGACCGAUGCGCUCAUUGUGAUAAUAGCGUUGAGGACGGCUGUUUACGAUAUUCCGACAAACUGUGGCAUUUCGAGUGCUUGAAAUGCAGCAUAUGCGAUCGCGAACUGGCUAAUUCACUUGAUGAAGCUAAGUAUACACCGGCGGAUACUGUUGUAUGCACUACCUGCAAACCAGACCAGACUCAACCUGCAGAAUUCUCCCGCGUGAGUCGGCUUGGGCAGUACAUGUUUUUGCUGAAUAUUGCCCUGGCUCGUCUCGAGCUUGUUUUGGGUCAGUAUGAUGCAAGAGACACCUCGCAGACUGCGUCGCUAUCUACACCGGUGCUGCCUCAGCCUGGCUCGUCAUCGUUGUCCUCGGCGUUAAUUCAUCCACGCUCAUCAUCUGGAGAAGAUGUGACUACACUCAAAAACGUUAUUGACAAGGCAAGCGCUGAGAGCUCUCAUUCUAGAUCUACAAAGCCUGCUGGUAAACAGCCUGGCAGUAACCAGGAGCGUGUUCCUGCUCUUGAGCGUACUUCGCGACUCUUGCAAAGCAAAGUUUCGCUCACUUUGGAUGAUAUUCGUCGCAUUGUUGCCGCUGAACAAGCGCGUGAACAAAUGCCUAAUUCGUAUCGUCAUCGCACUGGUGCUGAAAUGACAGCUAACGAGUGGUUACGUACACCCCAGGACCGCAAGAAUGCGCAGUCCGAGACUGCUUACUUUGGAAAUCUCAGUCUGGAUGAUUACACUCUUGUGCAGCAUAUUGCUGCUGUACGAUUACUUGUCGAGUAUCCCAACAUUCAGUUUGGAGAGCUCGCGGAGCUCAUAGGCCGCAAAAACUCUUCGUUCUGGAGUAAAAUGGGCAAGGCAUUUGGAGCCUCCAAGAAGAAGAGCUCUAGUGGGGUGUUUGGUGCACCACUUGAAGCGCUGCUUGAACGCAAUGGUGCGGACUCCACGCUUGGAGUUGGGGACUAUAAACUUCGCAUUCCGUCGUUUGUGGAUGAUUGUGUGACCGCCAUGCGGCAAAAAGAUAUGAGUGUUGAGGGUGUUUUCCGAAAGAAUGGUAAUAUUCGGCGCAUACGAGAGUUCGUGGAGGCGGUAGACAAAAACCCGGACUUCACGUCUACCUUGGCAGAUGAGCAGCCCAUUCAACUGGCGGCAUUGCUCAAGAAGUUUUUGCGCGAGCUCCCGGAGCCGCUAAUGGGUUCUAAGCUCACUAAACUGUGGGUCCAGGUGAACUCACUAGAGCAAGAGCGGCAAGUUCCCUUUUUGCGGCUCGUUGUGUGCUUGCUCAACAAGAGCCAGCGCGACUUGCUCGAAGUUCUUAUGUAUUUUCUGAAUUGGGCUGCGUCAUUUGCUCAUCUCGAUGAGGAAGCCGGCUCGAAAAUGGAUGCCCAGAACAUGGCCACCGUCAUAACCCCGAACAUUAUGCUCGCCAAAGACGAGGAUGGCAGCGACAUUCAUUUCCAGGCAAUUGCUGCGGUUUCUAUAUUAAUUGAACAGCAUAUGAUCGUGGCUGAAAUCCCCCCCGAAGUCGACCGUCUGCUUGCUCAGGUCAAGGAAAAGCGUAAGGACAAAAUGUCGACCAGAGAGCUCACAGAGCUCAUUCGUGAAGUUGCCGGUGGUGAUCAGCUCCACAGUGCGCUCGAAACUCCUAAAUCGUCGUCCGCAACGCGAAGCACCGAUAUCUAA